UCUCUAUCUCUAUCUCCGCAGACACUUUUGGUUGCUCUCAUUUUGCCGUCUACAUUUACGUCCUGCUCCGCUUUCUCUCUCUACAAACCGUAUCCCUUGAUGCACGCUCCUGUCGGUUUCGGCUUUGCGUGUUGUCUCCAUAAGUGCGCGGCGGAAUCGGGGGGCGGACGAGCAGGAGGACGAGGGGAUAUUCGCUGCAAUACUGCACUCGCUGCUGAAUUACUAUCCGGUUUUGCUUCUGGUUCUGAAUCCGUUGGAAUUGUCGAGCUCUAACGCUUCGCCAUCGAGGAUUUUGGAGGCGUAAAGCUUGGAAAUUCUGAUGCUGAAGAUAUAGUAUACUUUCAAGGUUCUGCACUGAGAUUGCUUUAUUGAUAGGAAAUUGGAAAAUGUUGGAGGGUCCGAAAUUCCCAGGAAUCAUAGGAUUGAACAAUAUCCAUGACAAUGACUUUCCUCAAAAUUUGUAUCACAAGCUCGAGGGGUCAAAUAUGUCUCUCGAAAGUUAUGGGAGCAUGCAGAUGAGCAAUGGCGGAGGUUCUGUUGCCAUGUCAAUGGACAGCAGUGUUGGAUCUAAUGAUUCACACACUCGAAUCUUGAACCACCUAGGCCUCAAACAUGUAAAAAAUUAUUCUGUUGCGGCCAGCGUCAAUCGUGGGAAAGUGUCCCAAGGGCUCAGUAAUGAUGCGCUAGCUCAAGCUUUGAUGGAUCCUCGAUAUCCGACCGAGGGCCUCGGUAAUUACGAUGAGUGGACGAUUGAUCUUAGGAAGCUCAACAUGGGGCCUGCUUUUGCUCAAGGUGCAUUCGGGAAACUCUACAAAGGCACAUAUAAUGGUGAAGAUGUUGCAAUUAAGCUUCUGGAGAAGCCGGAGAAUGAUGCCGACAGGGCACAAUUGAUGGAGCAACAGUUUCAGCAGGAAGUAAUGAUGCUAGCAAGAUUGAAGCAUCCUAAUAUUGUUCGAUUCAUUGGCGCAUGCCGCAAACCCAUGGUCUGGUGUAUUAUUACUGAAUAUGCCAAGGGAGGUUCAGUACGACAAUUCUUGACAAAGCGGCAGAAUCGUUCAGUGCCCCUGAAAUUAGCUGUAAAGCAGGCUUUGGAUGUGGCUAGGGGGAUGGAGUAUGUGCAUGGGCUAAAUUUGAUUCAUCGGGAUUUAAAGUCUGACAAUCUUCUGAUUGCUGCUGACAAAUCCAUUAAAAUUGCUGAUUUUGGGGUAGCUCGAAUUGAAGUGCAGACUGAAGGAAUGACUCCCGAGACUGGCACAUACCGUUGGAUGGCCCCGACAUAACCUGGCUCCCUUCAGAUCGCUCUGUCUAAAAUCAGGUUCGAUCCGCAAAACACUGAUUGUGUUCACAUUCCUAGUAAUGCAUUAAUGCUUGCAGAAAGUAUGGAUACCAAGUUCCAGAAAAUUCUUGGGGGCGUUGCAGCCAUUAAUUCUAGUUUUCUUUUUUUUUUUUUUUCGUUUUGGUUUAUCCGUUACACCCUCUCUUCGACAUGUAUUGUUUGUGCUUAAAUAGUGGUUGGGUAUGAAAAUUUUGUGAGAGGAAAUAAUAUAUUGACAAAAUUAUCCAUAACUUUCUUGUAGUUACGAAACUCAGCAUAAAUCCCCUUUUACUAUUAAAAAUAAUAUGGCUUCCCCUUGUAUUUUAAAAAAUGUUGCAUGAAAUUUUUCUGUGGUUUCGAAACUUGGUGUAAAUCCUCACUUUAUUUUAAAAAUUGCAUGAACCCAAAAUAUUACAUAAAACCCCCUCAUGCAAAAAAUAUUGAUAGAAAUCAUAUUUUCAUCACACAAGAGAGGUUUUAUGGAGGUGUGGUUUCAUGCAAUUUUUAAAGUGUUGAGAGAUUUUACGCUGAAUUUUGAAACUACAGGGGAGUUAUAAACAAUUUUACCUAAUAUAUUUUUACAUAAAGUCGUCCGGAUUGUAUAGUAAAAAAACUUUUAAGAAAUCUCGAAGAGAAUGGAGCCUAUGAAUUUCCACCCAGUUUCUUUAUUUAAGCUCGAUGAUAUUACAAUGCAAGGUAUGCUUGUUUCAAAAUUAUCGAAAACCUUUCGAAUAUGUUUUUAUUGUUUAUAAUGAAUUAUUAUAAUAUGUCCGUAUCUAGCGGGAAAGCGGCGUGAUGUUAAGAUGGUAGUGGGGUUUGAAC